AUGAAGGUCGACGUCAAGCGCUCCACGCCCCAGCCCUCAACCAGCCCCGGCGCCUCGACCAGCACCACGCAGGGCGAUGCGCCGCCCAAGAAAAAGCAGAAGCGCAACAAGCCCACGCUGAGCUGCGAGGAGUGCGUCGAGCGCAAGACAAAGUACUCUGAGAUCGCCAAUCUGAUUGCUUCUUCGGCCGACAAGGCUGCCGGUGCCGCGCGCAGUGCCACGGCCCGCUCCAAGAAGACCUGUUCCAAACCUCAACUUCACCUUGGCACCCACCCCCAACAUGGCAAUGCCAAGCCUUACCGCAGUGUCUCGCUGUCCUCGACGGGCUCCUCGCCCUUUCUGCUGUCCAACAUCCCCUACUCCAACCACACGCCCGCUCCCUUCUUUGGCCUCGGCUCCGAGCAUCCCUUUGCCAACUACUGGACCAGCCGCGGCGGCCUGGCCGAGGUCGUCGGGGUCCUGCCAGCAAAGGAGCAGGCCGACAUCCUCGUCGACAAGUACUUUGAUGCCGUCGAUCCCGUCUACCCCAUGGUCCACCGCAGGAACUUCUAUGCCGACUAUGAGCGCUUCUGGUCCCUGCCCCUCGAGGAGAAGCACACGGCCGAUCCUGUCCUGGUAGCCCUUCACUUUGUCGUCUAUGCCAUGGGCACCCAGUUCAUACAUACCACUGACAACCGCGAGCACGCCCAGAUUGCAGAGUUCUACAUCUCGGCAGCCCAGCAGGCCCUGCGCAUAUCGUCGUACCUCAGCCGUGCUUCGGUCAGAACGCUGCAGGCCAUGGUGCUGAUCGGCUACUUUUUGAUGAACGACAACCAUGCUUCUGAUGCUUGGGCCUUUGGCGGCGUCCUGGUCCGCCAGGCCUAUGCCAUGGGCCUGCACCGUGACCCUGACACGAUUGCCCCCCGCUGCUCCCGAAGCGACAAGCAGCAACGGCGGAAGCUCUGGCAGGCCAUCUUCUUCCAGGACACGUUUCUUACCGUUCUUCUCAAGCUCCCGCCAACCACUGUCUUCUCCGACAUACAGCCAGAGUCUUUGAGUGAUGAUCUUGACGACUACAUUCCCAAUGCCUCUUCGAGUAAUGGCGCUACCGAUCCCGUCAUAAACCCCAUGAGCAUCAGCAACAUUGCCUCGAACCUUGAUCUCUACCCUCCCUAUGAGCUUUCAGACCGACGCUACAUCCGCUCCAUGUGGCACAUGGCUAAUCUUGUCUCCCGCACCGUCUGCGUCCCACGCUCGCUAUCAACACCUUUGACUACCUCUGCUGCCCAAAAAUCCGAGCUUGUAAGCGAGUACUUUGCCUUGCACAGCAGCUUUCCAGUCGAGCUCACUGCAUCUGACGAAGCCACCAUACGAGCCAUGGCCGAGCAAAAUCCACGUGGCUUGAGACAAAAUCUCUUUUUUCGAAGUAAUUUCUGGCAUUGCGUCAUGGCUAUCCAGGCCGACGAGAACCCUGCCGAGGGAGUCUCGUGCGAUGUCAAAGGCGCGCUGGACGCGGCUAGAAUGGCCUUGCAAUCUUUCUUCCAUUUCUGGGAAUACCUCCGAAUCGACGCGAGCGUGUGGUGGGUGUUUCAGCAUCGUGCUUUUGAGGAAGCGCUCCUCAUGGCCCGCAUCCUCGGUCAACAAGCACGACCCCUUUCCCCCACGCAAUCCGGCCUCCCUCCUUCCUCAGAUCCCCUGCUCAAGGAAGCAAAAAACGAUGCGCGCAAAUGCCUCGAAAUCCUCGACGUGGUCGGCAUUGCCCCUGAGAUGCAGAAGACGAGGACUGAAGUCCUCAGGACGGCGUUUGCGGAUAUUCUGUGGUAA